AUGAAUGGUCGCCAAGCCCACUCGCAGCGGGUACUGCGCGUGAAAGAUCCACCCAUGUUCACGGGAAAAUUGGAACAUGUGGCCAGCUUCAUUACGCACGUCAAACUCGCCAUUGCUAUGAAUCGCGAUCAGUUCCGGGAUGAACUGGCCAAGAUAUGCUAUAUGUGCUCCUUCAUGUCCGACGAUGCGUUUGAUUGGGCUCGAAUCUAUCUGGAC